AUGGUAAUUUUAGUAAGGCUUGUGGUUACGCUCCAUGAGCCAAUGUGCAAUCAGGAAUCCGCCCACUUCAGGAAUCAACCGAGCCGAUGGACCAAUGGAAUGACAAAGAUUAGAUAUGACCGAGUUGAAGGACCAAUCAGAAACAGAGGAGUAACACGCUACUCUACACUGACCACUGACACCGUCUACUACUGCUGGAAUUCUGACGGAGGAGGAACUACCAAAAUGUUUCUUCGCGCUUUAGAAAUUAUAUUUUUCUUUUACUUUUUGUCCCACAUUCCAAUUACUCUCAUGGUUGAUCUUCAGCCUUUGCUUCCUGAACAUUUGUAUCCUUCCAAGCUGAAAACCCUAUUGCACUGGUAUGCUGCUGAAUUCAAGGAUCCGAUGAUGAUGGACCCGCCUGUGUGGUUCAAAUCUUUUGUAUUCUGCGAGGCUCUCGUUCAGUUGCCAUUUUUCCCAAUUGCAGCAUACGCCUUCAUGAAGGGUGGAUGCAAAUGGAUCAGGACACCAGCAAUCAUUUAUUCUGUUCAUGUGGCCACCACUUUAAUCCCUAUUUUAAGUCACGUCCUUUUUAAUAACUUUCCUCUGGCGCCACAUCCGGGACCCCAAACUCUUCAAGAACGUCUGACCCUGGUGUCCAUUUAUGCUCCGUACCUUAUCAUCCCUGUCAUGAUACUGUUCACCAUGCUCUUCAGCUCAACAUAUAACACAACCUCUUUGAAAGGAAACGCUUCCUCAAAGUCCAAGAAACAAAGAUAGAUACAGU